UUUACACUCAAAAAUAAGUACUAAUUCGAUUGUCCUUGGAUACUUCAAUGCUAAUUGUUUAUCGCAGUCUUGUUUCAGAGGGACUUGCGUAGUUAAGGUUUUAAGUAUUAUCUAGUUGAAAUGGUGAAGUAUUUCGAAACUACGUCUGUGUUCCGUUUUAGUUGGGAUCAAGUUGCUCAAGGAUUCUGGAAACGUUAUCCAAAUCCUCACAGCAACCAUGUCUUGUCUGAAGACACCAUAUUUCGAGAAAUACGAGGAAACAAACUAUUUACCAAGCGCCUGCUCACCAAGACCAACAGGGUUCCAAAGUGGGGAGAGCAUUUCGUUAAUGCCCGCACUGUUAAGAUUGUUGAGGAGUCUAUCACAGAUCCAAAGGAGAAAGUUCUAAUUACAUAUACAAGGAAUAUUGGUUAUGUUAGAGUAAUGAGUAUUGUCGAGAAAGUUGUUUACACGGUAAGUAGAGAAAAUCCUAACUGGACAGUCGCCGAGCGAUCAGCCUGGAUUGAUUCGCAGGUCUUUGGUUUUGGGAGAGCCAUCCAGGCAUUUGGUCUUGAAAGAUUUCGUAAGAAUUGCCAGCAGAUGGUGGGAGGAUUUAACUAUGUCCUAACCACCAUGUUCCCCAACUCUACAACAACUCUGUCUCAUAUGACUUCUGACGAGGUGAUGACUUCAAAGAAGGAAACUUUGAAAGAUGCUGCAAAAAAAGCCACAGACCUCGCCAAAUCCAAAGCGGGACCAAUUUAUGCAUCCUGCCAACCGAACAAGACGUAAUUCCAUUUGUACAUUACUGCUGUAGUUUCAUAAGGCACUGGUGUUAGAAUUGGCAGAUUAUUAAAUUUGAAUUAAAUAACAAA